CUCUCUGUACUCUCUGCUCUCUCUCUCUCUCUCUCUAAACUCUGCUUUCUGUCUCUCUCUAACCUUUUAGCUUCGCAAUUUCUCAACCAGUCAAGCUUUUUUCUGCUAUGUUUUUUGAAUGGACGAAGAAAGUUUGAAUCUAUUUUGACUCAUAUAUCGGUGUUAAAUACUAUGCUCUGAAGGUCUUGAUCUCACAAAUCAAUGGUUCUGAUUUGUUGUUUUCAUACUCAAUCGAGCUUAAUUCAGGCCUGGUCUCCAUUGAUUAAGCUCUGAAGGUUUAUUUGCUCGGAUUCAGAUCUGAUUUGUGUUGCAGAGGCUGACUUCUGAAGACAGAAAGAUGUAUGCUCAAUUUUGUGCAUUCCUCUUCUUCAGUCUUUUUGGAUGUGGAUAAUAGGAGCUGUUCCAAUGAAGAAUAAUGGUGCAAGCAACCGAAAUUUGAUUGAACGAAAUAAUAGUUCAUGGGACGAGCAAAAGGAAAUUAGGGAUGUUACUGUAGGUGAGGUGCAAGGCUUAGGUUCAUCUGAGGAAACCGAGUUUAGGAUUAAUGAUGUAGUAGGAGAAGUAAACAAUGGAUCAGAAGGGGCGAUUCAUGUCCCGGCUGCUCUGCAAAAACCGCAACCUCAAGGUCCCGUGAUACAUUGGGAGAGGUUUCUUCCUAUUAGGUCAUUGAAAGUUCUGUUGGUAGAAAAUGAUGAUUGUACUCGUCAUGUUGUUAGUGCUUUGCUUCGGAACUGCAGUUAUGAAGUUACUGCUGUUGCAAGCGGUCUGCAAGCAUGGAAUAUCUUAGAAGAUUUGACCAAUCAUAUUGAUCUCGUCCUAACUGAGGUAGUCGUGCCUUCUUUAUCGGGAUUUGGCCUCUUAUGCAAGAUAAUGAGUCACAAAACUUUCAAGAAUAUUCCAGUGAUUAUGAUGUCAUCUCAUGAUUCCAUGAAUGUAGCCUUUAACUGUCUGUCAAAGGGUGCAGUUGACUUUCUUGUGAAACCGAUUCGGAAAAAUGAGCUUAAAAACCUAUGGCAGCACGUAUGGAGGAGAUGUCACAGUUCAAGUGGUAGUGGGAAGUCAAGUGGUAGUGGGAGUGAGAGUGGCACACAGACUAAAAAAUAUGCAAAGCCAAAAAGUAAUGCCGAGUCUGAAAAAAAUACUGGUAGCAGUGAUGGGCCUGAUAAUGGGAGUAUCAGUCUGAGUAUUCGGGAUGGAAGUGACAAUGGAAGUGGCACUCAGAGUUCUUGGACCAAACGAGCAGCUGAAGUUGAAAGCCGCCAGCCCACAUCACAAUGGGAUCAAUUGGCUGAUGCUCCUGAUAGCACUUGUGCCCAAGUCAUUCAUACAAAGCUUGAAACAUUUAGCAGCAGGUGGGUGCAUGUUACAGAAACAAAAGAGUGUGCAGAACAGGAUGAACAACUUGACAAUGUUGCAAUGGGCAAAGACUUGGAAAUAGGCAUAUCUAGAGACCCAGAUUCACAACUUGAGUACCAGCAUAAGUUUUCUCAACCUGGCAGCAAAAGUCGGGAGAAAUUGUCUGACCUAGACAGUAAGCAGUUGAAGAAAGAACAGCUGGAAAUCAGAAGUGACAAUAUUUGUGGCAAACUAAGCGACAAUGCUGCAAAUCUAAUUAGUUCCGUUGGCAGUUGUAUCUACCGAGCUAUUGAUGCUCCCAGUGGGUUUUCUGAUACCUCACAAAUCAAAGAUAAAGCUGGCAGUGAUUCAAGAGAAUUGCCAUCUCUUGAGCUAACUCUAGAUAGGCUGAGAGGAGUAGAUGUUGGCACCAGUGUGCAUGACAACAAUAAUAUCUUGAGACAUUCAAACCUGUCAGCUUUUUCGAAAUACAGCACCACUUUUUCUGCUAAUCAGGCUUCCCCAGGGAAGGUAGGAAGCCAUUCUCCUCUGGACAAAAGCUCAGUCACAAUGAAGAGAGAAAAAAUGCACAAUUCUAAUUGCACACCUCCCAAUCAGCAGUCUAAUGAGAGUACAAACAACAAUGAUAUGGCCUCCACCACUAAAUGCGUCCCCAAGCCUGAAGCUUUCGAUGACAAGUCAGAAUCCAUAUCGGCAUUCAAAAGUUUGUGCUCUUCUGGGUUCCAAAAGGUGCAGUAUGGUCAUGCUUGUGCACCAAAAUCAGUACCUGGGAAGGCAGUUGAUGUGUCAGUCAGCACAGAGCAAGUACAAGCAAGAGGGAACAAUCGGGUCCAAGUGCAGCAUUGCCAUCAUCACCAUCACCACCAUCACCACCACAUCCACAACAUACCGCAUGAGCCACAGUCAGACCAUGAUGAUCUGUCGCUGGAGAAGAUGGCAGCAACUGUUCCACAAUGUGGAUCAUCAAAUAUGCUUGGAGAGCCCAUUGAAGAUGCUGCUGGAAAUUACAGUGUAAAUGGGAGUGCUUCAGGGAGUAACCAUGGAAGCAACGGACAGAACAGAAGCAGCAAUGCUGGAGCCACAAACAUAGAAAUUGACAAUGGGGUUGCUGGAGACAGUGGAGUUGUUGGCAUUAGUGGGAGUGGUGGGAAUGGAGCUGAUGAAGAUCGACAUGCACAGAGAGCAGCUGCCUUGACAAAAUUCCGUCAGAAAAGGAAAGAGAGAUGUUUUGAGAAAAAGGUCCGAUACCAGAGUAGGAAAAGGCUAGCAGAACAAAGGCCUCGUGUCCGGGGACAAUUUGUGCGACAAAUAGUGUCAAAUGACAAAGUGGGAAAAGACGGGCAGGAUAACAUUGCGCGGGAGGGUAAUUCUCCUGUUGAUGUAUAAUAAGAGGAGCUGAACUUCAGGUCUGCUCAUCCAUGUGCCUAACGGUGCAUCUGGAUAUGUGUACAUGAGAUUAAAACUAGCUAUGUAUGUGGUUAUAAGUUGUGCUAAUGUUAGUAAUAGUGAAAUCCUUAAUCAUGUGUAAACUUAUAAAGAUGCCAUAGAUUUUUGUUAUGGUUGUAAACUUUUCUCGACUCCAUCAGAAGGUUGUCAUCUUCCUCUUGCGAUAAAAACCGUCAUGUCGUGUCAUUUUUCUUGAA